GAAGUUAAUUUGUUCCUAAAAGACACACUGGUGUGUUAAAAAUGCCACACUGUUUGUAACAGGGCUUCCAGCAGGUUCAUUAGGCCAAAUAUAGCCCUUAUCAGCCACUGCAGCAUGAGUGUGCAGUUCACCAGAGUGAGCACGAGCGUAUCAUCAACACAAGUGAAUGUGUCACAAAAUGACAGCUGAAACCACAAACAAACACCAGCUGCAAGAGGACCAUUGAGAAAAGGAGUCAUUUCUCUGGGUGACCUCAGCUCACCCAUUCACAGCAUCCUCUCAAUCCUGGUUAUCAAAUCCGCUCAGUGUCAUCAUGGUCCACACAAGACGGAAGUAAAAAAUAGACAAAUAGGAGAUGAUUAUGAGGAGGUUGAGUGUCUGGUGAAGUGAAGAGAACAGCAGAGACACUCAAGAGAGGAUGGAUGAGCGAAGCAGAACUAUCAUCGUGUUUUUUCUGCUCUGUGCCAUUGCAGACAUGCCAGCAGCAGGCUACACUCUGGAUGUGUGUGCCACCUGCCACGCUAAUGCCACAUGUGACGACAAAGCUGAUGGCUCUGGCAAAGUUUGUAACUGCAAGUAUGGCUUUGUUGGAAAUGGAAGAACCUAUUGUCAAGAUAAAGAUGAGUGCCAGAUAGGAGCCAGUAAGAUCUGUGGACAGCAUACCACCUGCCACAACACAUAUGGCAGCUACUACUGCACCUGCCUGAAAGGAUUCAGCCCCUCAAACAACUUGCCCGUCUUCAUCCCAAAUGAUGGAACCAACUGCCAGGACAUUAACGAGUGCAAGAUCACAGGGCAGUGUGGAGAGGGGGGUCAGUGCAGGAAUCUGGAGGGCACUUUUGAAUGCAGCUGCCAGCUGGGAUACCGAGUCCACAACGGAGCAGAGCCCUUUCACCCUGACAGGCACAACGCUUCCUGCAAAGUGGUGGACUGUGGCCAGCCGGCCUCACCGGAGGACACGGUGCUGCUGCCAGGCACAGGGACCACAUACGGCAGUGUGGCCAGGUUUGAGUGUGAUGAAGGCUUCCUGUGGAGGAGUGGAGACAACACCUCUGUGUGUGGGGCUGAUGGACUGUGGAGGGGAGCAACCAUGGUCUGUGAAGGGGUUUACUGUGGCUCUCCCCCUGCCCUCCCUCACUCACAUAUGCUGUGGAAUAAACGCACGAUGAUGGGCACUGAGGUGGUUUAUCAGUGUGACUCUGGAUAUUAUAACGUUGGAAAGGGCAAUGUGUCCGUCUGUACUGCUGCUGGACAGUGGGAGGGAGCAUCUGUGCUCUGCCAAGAGAUCUUGUGUGGAAGUCCUCCUUUAAUUGAAUCCACAGAGCAGGUGUGGAACGGUAACUCAGCCCCUGGCAGCACUGUGCUCUAUUUCUGUAAAGAGGGCUUUUAUAACAAAGGAGGACUUAAUGUAUCCAUCUGUAAUGAAAACGGUCAGUGGAUUCCCCCAACUCUCUCCUGCCAAGAGAUAUUAUGUGGAGAUCCUCCUAUACUGCCCCACACUGGGCAAAUGUGGAACAGCAGCUCCACUCCUGGAAGCACAGUGACUUACUACUGUAAAAUAGGAUUUUAUCAAAAUGAAGGAAAUAAUAGGUCAUUAUGCACAAUUAAUGGUUACUGGACAGAGGCGAACAUCUCAUGCAAAGAAGUUGACUGCGGUGCGCCUCCUGACAUCUCUCAUUCAGUUCUGCUGUGGGAUCAAAUCUCCAAAGUGGGAUCUCAGGCUGUUUAUCAGUGUAACUCUGGAUAUCGCAGUGUUGGAGAGAGAAAUGUAACAGUUUGUACUGCCAGUGGAGAAUGGGAUGAGGCCUCUUUGUUCUGCCAAGAAAUCAAUUGUGAGGAGCCUGUUUUAAAGUCACACACUAAAACACUCUGGGAUGGAACAUCACACAAUGGCAGUGUGGUGUAUUACCAAUGUGAUGAAGGAUAUCACACAAGGAGCCUGAGAAACUACUCAGUAUGUGGAGAGAAUGGACUGUGGGAGGAUAUUGAUCUGUUCUGUGAAGAGAUAAGCUGUGGUCCCCCUCUAACCCUUCCCCAUACUAACCUCCUGUGGGACCGCACCAGUAGACCGGGCAGUGUGGUGCUGUAUGAAUGUAUGGAGGGAUUUUACCAGGAGAGUGGAAAUGGUAUUUCAACAUGUUUAACAUCAGGAGAGUGGGGAAAAGUAUCAGUAAAAUGCAAAGCUAAAUGUGGCCCAAUCCCUUUCCUCACCAACUCAGAGGUGGUUUGGCACAACAGAAGUGUAGUGAUCCAUCGCUGUGUGGAUGGAUACCACAGCUGGAGGGGCAGUAACAUGUCUCUGUGCAGCAGCUCUGGGGUGUGGCAGAACGCUACGCUGAAAUGUAUAGAAAUCAAACCACCUAUCAAUCACCUAUUUGUUUCUAAUGAAAAAUGUUUGCAUUGGAGAGCAGAAAAGUAUGAGGAGAAUACGGAAGUUUACAAGGUGACCUAUGUGGGCUUCAGAGACUAUCAGAGGUCCUUUCGUGACAAAAGGGAGCGGUUUCUGAGCUCCAAAUCUGACCAGCUGCAGGUCUGUCUCAACCUGCUUCCAGUCACCAACUACAGCAUCUCCAUCACUGCAGUGUCUGCCAAAUUCAAAGCCACCAUCACCACUAACACCAGCUUAACAGUACCUCCAGCACCAGUUGUCCACUACAGAGAAUUUGAGACUCCUGUACCGACUUUGAGGCUAUGCAGAUCACCCAACACGCUAGACCCAAUAAGUUUGUACCAAGUGUUUGUGCUUCCUUUAGAGGGGAUUAUGGUGUUUGACUGUUCCUCACCUUCCUCACUGUUCCGCAAAAGCGAAUCCUCCAUAGAGUACGUCACAGCUCAGAUCCACCUCAGACAUGUUGGCACAGAGAUGAACUUUACUGUGGGGGACGGACUCUACUACGGAAGCUUCUAUAAUGCACCUCUGGAGAAUGGCAGGAACUACUAUAUCAUUUUACGAGCUGUCAGUCAGUGGAAAAGGGAUUUAAAAAGUUCCUGUGUCUUGUGGGCUAAAGUAAGAGGCACAUCCUAUGUUCUGAAGGUUUCAUCGCUGUCCGCCGCUGCAUCAGUAGGACUGAUUGCGUUGGUUGUUUUGGGUGGAUACAGUUGCACCUGGUUUUUCAAGAAGACACGACACUCUUUAUUGUUGAUGUUGUGUAAUUUUAUUUGUCAAAAUGGCAAAUAAAAUUAGUCUUGAAUUUCUAGGUGUAAUUUUGUAUGUUUUGUAAUAAUUAUAAUAAACCCUGUCACUGUUUUUUCAGUAAUUUUUGGAAUUGUGUUGAAUGUUUGUAAAUGAGUUUAUAGAUGUAAAUGGCCUCAUUAUGGACAACAGCAGAAGAUGUGAGAGUCUUUCUUCUCCACAUCUGUUUCUAAACAGGGUCUUGAUCACCUUCAGUUUGGAGAAUGAUCGCUUAACUGAUGCUGUUGACACUGCUAGUGUAGCGUUUAUUUUGAGGAGUUUUGUCUGUUUUUAAAACUUUUUAACAUAUAGACACAGGUUUAAGUUCCACUGGGCAUCGCUAAUGGCUAAUGCAAACUUACUUUAUCUCUCUCAACCUCCUCUUGCUGCCUCUCGCUGCAUUUGCAGAUCCCUUUGUAUUGUCUUCAAUUUUCUGUCUCUUCUUUGCAUU